AUGGCCACCCUGCUCCGCAGCAAGCUGUCCAACGUGGCCACGUCCGUGUCCAACAAGUCCCAGGCCAAGGUGAGCGGCAUGUUCGCCAGGAUGGGUUUUCAGGCGGCCACCGACGAGGAGGCGGUGGGCUUCGCGCACUGCGACGACCUCGACUUUGAGCACCGUCAGGGCCUGCAGAUGGACAUCCUGAAAACCGAGGGCGAGCCCUGCGGGGACGAGGGCGCUGAACCGCCCGUCGAGGGAGACAUCCAUUACCAGCGAGGCGGCGGCGCGCCCCUGCCGCCCUCGGGCUCCAAGGACCAGGCCCUGGGAGCUGGUGGCGAGUUCGGGGGCCACGACAAGCCCAAGAUCACGGCGUGGGAGGCGGGCUGGAACGUGACCAACGCUAUCCAGGGCAUGUUCGUGCUGGGCCUGCCCUACGCCAUCCUGCACGGCGGCUACCUGGGAUUGUUCCUCAUCAUCUUCGCCGCCGUGGUGUGCUGCUACACUGGCAAGAUCCUCAUAGCAUGCCUGUACGAGGAGAACGAGGACGGCGAGGUGGUACGCGUGCGGGACUCGUAUGUGGCCAUCGCCAACGCUUGCUGCGCUCCGCGCUUCCCCACGCUGGGUGGCCGCGUAGUGAACGUGGCGCAGAUCAUCGAGCUGGUGAUGACUUGCAUCCUGUACGUGGUGGUGAGCGGCAACCUCAUGUACAACAGCUUCCCAGGGCUGCCCGUGUCGCAGAAGUCCUGGUCCAUCAUCGCCACGGCGGUGCUGCUGCCCUGCGCCUUCCUUAAGAACCUCAAGGCGGUGUCCAAGUUCAGCCUGCUGUGCACUUUGGCCCACUUCGUCAUCAACAUUCUGGUCAUUGCCUACUGCUUAUCGAGGGCGCGCGAUUGGGCCUGGGAGAAGGUCAAGUUCUAUAUCGACGUCAAGAAGUUUCCCAUCUCCAUUGGCAUCAUCGUGUUCAGCUACACGUCGCAGAUCUUCCUGCCUUCGCUGGAGGGCAAUAUGCAGCAGCCCAGCGAGUUCCACUGCAUGAUGAACUGGACGCACAUCGCCGCCUGCGUGCUCAAAGGCCUCUUCGCGCUCGUCGCCUACCUCACCUGGGCCGAUGAGACCAAGGAGGUCAUCACGGAUAACCUGCCCGGUUCCAUCCGCGCCGUGGUCAACAUCUUCCUGGUGGCCAAGGCACUGUUGUCCUACCCGUUGCCCUUCUUCGCUGCUGUCGAGGUGCUGGAGAAGUCGCUCUUCCAGGAAGGCAGCCGCGCCUUCUUUCCCGCCUGCUACGGCGGCGACGGGCGCCUCAAGUCGUGGGGCCUGACGCUGCGCUGCGCGCUGGUCGUCUUCACGCUGCUCAUGGCCAUCUACGUGCCGCACUUCGCGCUGCUUAUGGGCCUCACCGGCAGCCUCACGGGCGCCGGCCUCUGCUUCCUGCUGCCCAGCCUCUUCCACCUGCGCCUGCUCUGGCGCAAGCUGCUGUGGCACCAGGUCUUCUUCGACGUCGCCAUCUUCGUCAUCGGCGGCAUCUGCAGCGUGUCCGGCUUCGUGCACUCGCUGGAGGGCCUCAUUGAGGCCUACCGAACCAACGCGGAGGACUAG